AUGUGUAUAUAUGUUCACAAGCCAUGUUUUUGUCUGCCCGAAGGCUAUGUGUGCUCUGUGUAACUGUAUAGCGAGAUGUAUGUGCCCGAAGGCCAGAUAUGUGUAGUAUUAUGUAGAGGGAACCGGGCAGAUCAACAGAACAACCAGCAGUAUCAAGACCCGACAUACAACACCGUGGACAGCCCUUGGGUGGUAGGAGGAGCAGGAGGAGGUACAGGAGGAGGAGGAGAAGCCAGAGAAGGAGCGGGAGGAGGAGCGGGAGGAGGAGCGGGAGGAGGGACAGGGGGAAGAGCAGGAGAAGCAGUGGGAGGAGGAGGAGGAGCGGGAGGAGCAGGAGCAGCAGCAGGAGGGGGAGCGGGAGAAGGAGAGGCAGGAGGAGCGGGCGGAGGAGCGGGAGGAGCGGGAGCGGGAGGGGAGAAGGAACGGGAGGAGGACGAAGUUGUGGUGGAGGAGCAGUGGGAGGCGCGGGAGGAGGAGCGGGAAGAGCUGGAGAAGGAGCGGGAGCAGGUGUGGGAGGAGAGGGAGGAGGAGCGGGAGGAGGAGCGGGAGAAGGAGACGGAGGGGAAACGCGAAGGGACGGAGGUGCGGGAGGUGCGGGAGGAGCGGGAGGAGCGGGAGGAGUGGGAGGAGAAGUGGGAGGGGAAACGGGAAGGGGGUUAACGAACGCGCGGGAGGCGAGUAGGGAAAGCGGAACGAGGGAAGGGAGGAAAGGG